UAGAUAACGAAAGAGUCCAGUUUAUAAUUCAUAGCACACCUGGAUGUUGAAACUGUGUGGUCUUCAGAAGCACAUGACAGGACAUUCCAGUCUUCAGCCAGCCAGCCACCUACCCCAGCAGGUUGCGAGUAGGUAGAAAACAAAGACCUAAGCUGCUUGACUAACAGGAAAUGGAAGCAGCAGGAGCAUUUGAGACCCCUGUUAGGGGCCUUUGUGGCCCAAUGGACCAGGACUUGGCAAACCUUUUUCAUAAAGCGCCACAUAGUGAAUAUUUUAGGCUUUGCAGGCCAUACAGUGGCAGCUGCUCACUUGGGCGGUUGCAGCCCGAAAGCAACCAUAGGUAGCGCACACACAAAUGAGUGUGGCUGUUUCAAUAAAAGUUUAUAUGUCAGUGCUGAAAUAGGAACUUCAUAUAAUUUUCAUGUGUCAUGAAAGCUGCCUUUAAAAUUAUUUUAUCACUGAAAAAUGUAAACAAACAUCGUUAGCCAGGAGAGGAGGAGGGAGUGAAAAACCCAGACAGCUCGUCACGUUUGGCCGCAUUGUUUGCCCAUCCAGGUCUCAACAGAUUUCCAGGGAAGAGCUCAUGGGCCGGGCUGGCCUGUUGGGUUUUGUCCAGUGAAAACCUCUCUUCCCUCCGGCUGCAGGUAUCUGACUUGUCAAACACCUGUCACGGUUUGAUUGCAGCUGAGAGAAAUUGCAAAGAUAGCAAGGAACAAGAAGCGAUUUUAUAAUUACUAGUUAGUGAUUUACUACUAAUAAUUUCAUUACUUGAGUUAUUUGCAAGUAACUUUUUGAGCUCUUAGUGUGCCAGGCCUGUUACAGACUCGGGAGGACUCACAGGGCGUUAUCCCCACUGCCCGAGGCCCGCCGGGUUGGGUGACAGCUCGGAUCGCAAAGCUAGUGUGGCAGGAGGAAGCCCCGGUCUUUCAACCGUCACAGAGCUCUCUGCGAGCCGCGGCCGGGUCCCCACAUUGGCCUCCACUCUGUCGGUACUGGCUGGGAGACAGAGACUAUCCCCGAAUCAGAGGGGCCCGGUUAGAGUCAGUGGGCCUCAGUGUCCCCAUCUGUGAGAUGGGGACGCCCCGCCCCAAGGCCGGCUCCUCCCGUAACCGGGACAGGAGGGAGGCCACAGCCCCGGAAGGCGCGUCCGGUCCGGGGAGGCGGGGGGGAGCGGGAGCGACGGCGGCGGGGCGGGCUUGCGGGGGCGCCUGGCCCGGGGUGGCCGAGCCCGCGUCCGGAGGGCCCGCGCGGCCAUGGCGCUCCCGCUCGCCGCGCUGCGCGUCCUGCUGGGCGGUUUCUUCGCGCUCACGGGCGCCGCCAAGCUCUCGGAGCAGCUCUCGCCUCCCACGUCGGAGCGGAUGCCAGAUCCCGAGAGCUACCAGGCGGCUGUGGGCUGGCUGGAACUGCUGGCUGGGUUGCUGCUGGUCCUGGGCCCACCGGUGCUGCAAGACAUCAGUAACUUGCUUUUGACCCUGCUCAUGAUGGGGGCUCUCUUCACUUUGGUAUCUCUGAAAGAGUCACUGAACACCUGCAUUCCGGCCAUCGUCUGCCUGGGGCUCCUGCUGCUGCUGGAUAUCUGCCAAGCCUUGGUCCAAACUAAGCAGGUGGUCAGAGCCACUAGGAAGACUCCAGGUGCAUUCAAGGAACCCUGGGAGUAGAGUGGCUCUUGCCUCUUCGUGCCAUGUCACGGUCCCAGCAGGAACAUGGGGACACACAGAGUCUGCCACCUUAUUACCAAUAUGUGCAGGGUAGGCCAGUGUAGAAACAGACAGCUUGUCUGCCUGGCCCUGCUUUUUCUCCUGGACAUUUACUGCUCUUUUUUGAAGGGUAUGUGUUAUACAUACUAGCAUUCCUUAUGUCAUGUCAAAAUAGAAAGUAAGCAGAAGAGAAAUUUAAAUCGCCCAAAAUUUUAAUGCCCUCAAAUAACUACUUUCAGUUCCUUUGUAUAAUUGUACCUCUCAACUUUUUUCUGUGCCUUUAUACAGGUAUUUUUUAAUGAAGAUGAGACCAUAUGUACUACUUUAUUACCUGCUUUUUAAACUUAAUACACUGUGACACCAUUCCA